AGUGCGUGGCGCACGGUCAGUGCUCCAGUUUGCGGCAGCCGGACUUGGGCGCCGCCAGCACAGGGGUAGGAGUUACGAUUAGACUUCUGUUAGACUUCCUUACUCUAUCACCCACAUCUUUUUAAGAUCAUUCCUGCCUGAUUCAUAAACAUCGUGAUUGGCUUUUGAUUGCCCUCACGUCUGAUGUGGCUUCUGCCUCGUGUCACAUCUGAAACUCAUCUGUACCUCACCUAGGUAAAUAUGUCUUAUGUCGACCCCUCCAGAUCCUGCCCCCCGUGCUCCCACCGUCAGUCUUGUCUCUGUAUUCUCAUUCUCUCCUUGCAUUACAGCACAUACCAGAGCCUCCGCCUCCUCCGCAGUAGAGAGGCUUAUGUCCCAGAAAAGACUUUGAGAAUUUACAUUUGAGAAACUUCAGGCCUUGAGGGAAAAAUAAGGUUGGGGGAUUAAGUUGUGGACUUAACAAAAGCCUGUUUUUCACUCUAAAAAAAUCAAGGGGACACGCUAAGAAUGAUUAUGGCUAUUUAUUUGUCUUAAAUUAGAAACCAUAGGCAUUGUACAGUUGAUUUUUACUUAUCAUGGCUUGCUCACUAGAAAUUUUGUGAUCUCUAUUUUAAAAAUAUGUUUUUAAAUGGUUUUAUCUUAAAUCAAAUAUCCAGAAGGUAACAUAUGCUACAAUUCAAAGUCUUUAAACCACUCUCCUCAAAUCCUAAUGUAAGAUGAUUCUCAGCUUGCUAGAUUUCUUAGAGUUGUGAAAUAGGUUAUGUCGCAGGAUCCAGUGUUUAUUUGAGGGAAUGCGUGGUUGGCAGAGUCCCCAUUAUAUAUCAGAAAUUUUUAUUUCUUAUUUUCCACCACUCAUGUAAAGAUUAGGGUUUGUUUUAACUGCCUCUUUCAAGAUAACGAUUCCAAAUUCCAGCUUUAAAUUUCAUAUCUAACAUUUUCUGUUGUUUUUCCCUGUCACAUACAUUAGUUCUAGGUUCAAGGCCAUGUCACCCUACAGCAACCCUCACUUGUUUUGCAGCUGCAGUGCUGUUGCUUAACCAUAACUCUUGGCCUCUCUCCAGAUGUUUUUUUGCAAAAUGCCCUUGACGGUAAUAAUGCUGUAUUUUUUUUUUUUUAAAUUCCAGUUGUCUUCGUAAGUUUUCUUAUAUCCUAUUUUACAUUUGACCCCCCUCCCCAACAAACCUCCCACUAGAUAAACCACUUUCCGCUCUGUUCUUUAUACUGAGGCUGACUUCUAGGACGACUGUUCACAGCUGCCUUGGGUGGAAGGCUAAAUAGGAGACUAUUAGGUCAUGUGCUUGGAUUCCUGUUCUCCAAAUGAUUCUAAUUAAAACUAGUCCACUACCCUAUCAACACAUUCAGAAGGAAAAAUACAGCAAAAUCCCCAAAUGCGCUAAGCAUUUCAUUAUACCAUUUGGGUAACUUUAUGGCACCUGUAGGACUAGUUCAUGCGAGGCCCAUUUGUAACUGUUUUCUCUAGUUAAACACAAUAUUGCCAUUAAAAGCUCGGCAAAUAGGAUGACAGUGCUUAAGAAUCUAGGAAUUUCUCAAAUGUGUGAGAAAAUGUUAAAAGUACAGAGGUAAUAGAAAUUUAUUUUAUAAACACAAACUAGAAGAUAGAAUUGUAUUAUGAUGAAGUGAAUCCGUUAUUUAUACUCUGACUUUCUGUUAUAUAUAUUAUUCCAGAAAACAGUUAUUCAUGUUUCCUAAGUGUGAACUUACCAGUUGUGUGAAAUCGGCCCUAACACUUUUUAUUCAUAGGCUACAUCUACUUCGUACAUGCACUUUGGACUCAGUACCAGUCAUUGUUCCUCUAUAGGUACAUGUGUUAUGCAUAUUCGUAGAUGAGCUCUGCAAGAUAGGUAGAUAUCCCAUUUUAUGGUGAAGGAGACUGAGGCUUAGAGAAGUUAUGCAACUUACCUAAGGUUACACACCUUCCGAGUAGCAGAGCCAGCAUUCAAACUUAGACCCAUCCGACACCAAAGCCAGUCCCCUGUACACUAGACCACACUGUCUUUCUUAGGUUGGAUCUAAAAAGUACUUUCAGCUGGUUGGUUUUUUUUAACUAACUGUAGGAACAAAACCUUGUAUUAAGUAGAGCAUGCAUGCCGCAUAGUGGACUAAGGUAGAGUAAAACCCAUUAUUGUACCACUUUUAGGUAAGAAAAUGUAUUAUCUAGGAGUAUCAUUAAAAUGUCCUUACUUCCCUCCAUGAACAAACAAAACGGAAAGUUAAAAUGAAAGCAGUGUGCGGGUGAAGGGAGUCGGGGAUCAUAACAUAGGAGUGUUAAAUUUAGAAAAGAAAGCACAUUUCUCUAUCAGUGUUUCAAAUAAUGCUAGAAGUUAGGCAUGCUUAUAUUAUGACAAAGAAUACUUUAUUUGGGGAAUAACUUAAUUGAUCCACGAUGUGGCAUUUACCAAGGUAAUUUUCGCCUUUUGUUCCAGCAAUAGGGAUUAGAGGUGAUUGACAAAACACACAAUCACCACGGAAAUUGGAAUCAUGUUAAGAUCAUAGUCAUCUGGCGUCGUUUCCCUAAAAUGGUUCUCAUUUGCCCCACAUAUUCAAAUCAAAGUGCACGAGGAUGUAGUUCUGAGUCAGGGAAGAUUUAGAAUGCUCUGCCAACAGUGUUAUACUGAAUUUCAGAGUUCAGUUAUUGCAUUUAUUUGUGUGUGCAUGUGUGUACAGUUGGGUUUUUCGUUUGUUUUGCUAUGUGAGUUACUGUUCGGCCAUCGAUGUAUGCAACUGAUAAAUCCAGAGGAUAAUCGGUAUGUCUGCUCUCUGACUUCUCUUUCUAUAACACAAGGCUGAACAUACUGCUCUCUUGAUUAAAAACGUAAUCAGUGGUUUUGAUUAGACAGGAUUUUUCGUUGCAGUCGACAGAAACCUAACGGGACCUUUGAAGAAUUCCAAACAGGCAAGUGACAGGAACAUAUUUGCAUGUUAGAAGAAUCACUGUGACAGCAGCAUUGUCAUUAGAAUGAAGGGGAGCAGUCCGAAAACAGAGACUGGGGAACCAAUAUGGAUCUGCCUCUAGCAUGUGGAAACCUCUCUCUACACUGACCUGAUUGACUCACCAAGCUGGUGGUGCGUUUAAAGGAAGCCACGUGAAAAUUGAGUUUGGGCCAGUAGAGUGGACUGGUACUCCGUAGUCUAGCAUUCCUUCCCAUGCAACCCCCCAUCCCUGCCAAGUUCUGGGCAACACAGAUUAGAAAGUAGCCUCCUGUAGGUAGUUGACCAUGUUAGGUAGUGGGGUUGGGGCUGGGCCAUGCUGGUGUUCACUAACUGUCUCUGUCUUCCCUUCUGGGUCUCACCUAUCUAGUGUGACAAGGGAAUCUUGUGCCAACUGAAGCUAGACCCUUGUGAGACCAGAGUGGCCCCACUUUUGAUAAAGCAAGCAACCUCUGCUUGCUUGCACAACACACCCCAGCUUCCAUGUUCCUUGCUUUGUGAGUUCUCUUCCUGGGUACAGUGUAACACAGAGUUCAUACCUCCUCAUAACUAAAGUAGGUAGAGGGGGCUUUGUGCCUCAACCCCUAGGAGACCGUCUUGGCAAUCUCUGCCUCUGCCACAGGGCACUUGCUCCCCAGGCAGCUCCUUUCCCAAGUCUCUUCCCUCUGGACAUGCCCCUCAGGUUUAAUAGUGUGCCUACUUGGCAGGAAAAUGGGGGUCCCUUGGUUGCUGAUUCUUAGGAAUGUGAAGUUCUCCCAGUCAGAGCUCUCGGCACUAAAAAUUCUAGUCUCUGCAUAAUGGCCAGCACAUAUUUGGCAUAUCUCAAAUCCUCUUCAGUUUCCACCAGGGCCUUUAUAAGCUGCUUCUGAAGAACUCAGACAUUCAGCCACAGAACUGAAGUGGAAUUUGUUUGGAUAACGUGACUGACUUCAAAGCCCAGAUCCCUUAGACGUGCCCAUUUGGUGCUGCAAGUACCGACCAUGACUGCAACGUCUUGCAGUCAACAAAUGUGACACAUUCAGGAUUUAUAUCCUUUCUUCUGGGUUAGGAAUCUUCCCUCCCCUAAAGCACCUCAGUUUCUAGCACGCAAUCAUUUCCAUCUUAUGGAAAUCAGCAGUCCUGCUCCGUGCCAACAUGCUACGCUGGGAGGCACGUCCAGGCUUGGGAAACAGGGGUGUCCUGGGUCUCAUGACUCCAGCAGCACCAGCUGCUCUCUUUCCUCUUCCAAGUAGACUUCCUUCCCCACCCCCCACUUUGGUGUUUUUGUUUGUUUUAGCAAUUCAGAGCUCAAGAUAAAGACCUUAAAGAUAACUUUGUGUCUCUCCCUUUCUAGGUAUUUGCAUAGGAAUCAGAGGAGUUAAUCCUGUUUGAAUCUUCAGACAAACUUCCGGGAGGACUCGGUACCUGCCUCACUGCUGCUGUUUCCUGUCACUCAGUAGCAAUCCGGGGACCCACGACAUGUCCCAGCUAUAGUGAUGCUCAUUACCUUUCUGCUCCUGAAUCGCACCUGUGCCUCAGACUUUCUUUCCCAAGCUUGAGACUGCAUAUAAACUGGGAUGUGUGAAAGCAGGAAACAAAGCUAGUGACAGCUGAGAGGCCCAUGUCUGGGUAGAACCAGGUCCACGAUGCUGCCUCUCCCGUGGUCGGGAGUUCAGCGGCAGGGACUCUGCUGAUGUGCCAGCACCAUCCUUCUGUUUGUGCUUUAAAUGGCACAGCGUUUGGUCAGCACAUCUGAAAAGAAAGUUGUGAGAAGCAAAGCCCAUGGCCACGUUCCCCUGCCAAUUAUGUGGCAAGACCUUCCUCACCCUGGAGAAGUUCACGAUUCACAAUUAUUCCCACUCCAGGGAGCGGCCGUUCAAGUGCUUGCAGCCUGAUUGUGGCAAAGCCUUUGUUUCCAGAUAUAAAUUGAUGAGGCACAUGGCGACCCACUCUCCUCAGAAAUCUCACCGGUGCGUUUACUGUGGGAAGACAUUCAACCGGAAAGACCACCUGAAAAACCACCUCCAGACCCACGACCCCAACAAAAUGGCCUAUGGGUGUGACGAGUGUGGGAAGAAGUAUCACACCCUGCUGGGCUAUAAGAGGCACCUGGCCCUCCAUGCGGCCAGCAGUGGCGACCUCACCUGUGGGGUCUGUGCCCUGGAGCUAGGGAGCACCGAGGUGCUGCUGGAUCACCUCAAAUCCCAUGCAGAAGAGAAGCCCCCUAGUGGAACCAAGGAAAAGAAGCACCAAUGCGACCACUGCGAAAGAUGCUUCUACACCCGGAAGGAUGUGCGACGCCACUUGGUGGUCCACACAGGAUGCAAGGACUUCCUGUGCCAGUUCUGUGCCCAGAGAUUUGGGCGCAAGGAUCACCUCACCCGGCAUACCAAGAAGACCCACUCACAGGAGCUGAUGAAAGAGAGCCUGCAGAACGGAGACCUUCUGAGCACCUUCCAUACCAUCGCGCCUUCAUUCCAACUGAAGGCUGCUGCCUUGUCUCCUUUCUCUUUAGGAGCUUCUGCCCAGAACGGGCUUGCAAGUAGCCUGCCACCUGAGGUCCAUAGCCUCACCUUUGGGCCCCCAGAACAGGCUGCCCAGCCUAUGCAGCCGCUGCCAGAGUCCCUGGCCUCCCUCCAUCCCUCGGUAGCCCCUGGCUCUCCUCCACCUCCCCUUCCCAGUCACAAGUACAGCACCACUGCUACCUCAUAUGCCCCACUUGCAAGCCUGCCCCUCAAGGCAGAUACUAAAGGUUUUUGCAAUAUCAGUCUGUUUGAGGACUUGCCUCUGCAAGAGCCUCAGUCACCUCAAAAGCUCAACCCAGGUUUUGAUCUGGUUAAGGGCAAUGCUGGUAAAGUAAGCCUGCCCAAGGAGCUGCCUGCAGAUGCUGUGAACCUAACAAUACCUGCCUCUCUGGACCUGUCCCCACUGUUGAGCUUCUGGCAGCUGCCCCCUCCUGCUACCCAAAAUACCUUUGGGAAUAGCACUCUCCCCCUGGGGCCUGGGGAAUCUCUGCCCCACAGAUUAAGCUGUCUGGGGCAGCAGCAGCAGGAACCCCAAAUUGCUGUGGGCACCGUGAGCCUGGGUCAGCUCCCCCUGCCCCCCAUCCCCCAUGUGUUCUCAGCUGGCACUGGCUCUGCUAUCCUGCCUCAUUUCCAUCACGCAUUCAGAUAAUUGAUUUUUAAAGUGUAUUUUUCGUAUUCUGGAAGUUGUUUUGAGAAGCAUUUUAAAUGUCAGUUACAACACGAGAAAGAUUUGGAAAACGGGACUGGGACUAUGGAUUAUUCAGUGAUGACUGGCUUGAGAUGAGAGAAUUCUCAAACUGCAUGUAUUGUGCCAAUCUGUCUUGAGUGUUCAUGCUUUGUACCAAAUUUAACGAAUGCGUGUUCUGUAAUCAAACUGCAAAUAUUGUCAUAAUCAACAUCCAAAAUGACGGCUGCUAUAUAUAAGUGUUUGUCAUAUGGAAUUUAUCGUAAGCCAUGCUCAUCAUAAUGUUAACUAAAUAACUUUACGUGGCACUGCCUAGUAAGGGAACUAUGGAAAGGUUUGGAUUUCUCCAAAUUGGGAGAAUUUUAAAAACAAGAAAAUAACCUUUAUAUGGCAUAUUAUAACUAGGCUGUGUAUUUCUUUUCAGGGAUUUUUCUACCUUCAGGGUUGGAUGUAGUUUAGUUACUAUUACCAUAGCCAACCUGUAGUUUUGCAUAUACAAUUUCUUGUGGAGCAUUAGAAUUCUCCAUUUUACAGAAGCAUUUUAAAUGUAGUCUGAAUAUUUUUCACAAGAUGCUGCAAUGUGAGUUAUCACUUCAUUUAUCUUAAAGACUAAACUGGUUGUCAGUUACAUCUGACAGAAAAAAAAAAAAAAAUCACUGUGUAACCAGAUUAAGUGGUAAAAUAAUCCAGGCGUCAGUCAAAGGCAUUUUGCUGACUUUAAUAUUGAUUAUAUUUUUAACAGGAAUUUAAGAAAAUGUUACUGGAAUUAAAAAAAAUAUAUAUUAAGAAUUUUCUUUGCUCUGUCUAGCUUAAACUACUACUCAAGCUGCUUAAGUUCCUAAGUAUUGUUUUUAAUCACCAAUAAAUAAGUGCUUUUGUAAUUCAUCAGUUUAAGUCAUUAUUAGCUUUUAUUCAAAGAAGAUUAUGUUUUACAAUGUAACUAUAAUCUCUUUAAUUUGCUAUCUUAUUAAUGAGUUUUAAAGAUGUAACACCUAACCUUUUUAAAAGCUCCAUUGUCUUGUUUUUAGAGGCUUUCUUUUUCCAUAAACAUGUAUCUUGCAUUUAAUAAAGUUUUCAAAUCGUGCAA